AUGAAGGACCUGUGUUUCUUCUUAGUCGCGGCUGUGGCCGGGAUCUUUAACACAUCGGCCAACGCUGGUGGCAUUCGCCACAAGCGUUCUGCCAUCAUUUCGAGGGGGGCAUCUGCAACUGACUUGCAGGAGCUCUACUUCUCCGAAACACUCUCGGGGAACGAUACCGUCACUAUCCUUGAGGCCGGCGGGUUCAAGCUGACGGCCUCCUGCAAGACUACCACAUAUGACUUAAACCCGUACAGCACCGGAUCAACAUCGUCCUUCUUCUCCUCGUCAUCGCCAUCUUCCUACUACAGCAGCCACACGGCGACCUCCUUCUAUGACUCACACGGGGGAAGGAACGAAGAAGAAGAGGGCCCGUCCCACCACCACCGACAACCCCCCGAGCACUCAGGUGGCAAGGGUGGAGGUGGUAGCCGUGGUGGUGAAGGUGGUAGUGGUCGAGGUCAUGGUCGUCGUGGCGAUGGCAGCUGGAGCAGCAGCAACUCGGCUCGGUACUAUUCCUCUUCUUCGCCGUAUAACUCUAGACCGGCACGUGCUGGUGGUGAUGACGGUGCACCCUCUGGCGGCUCCGGAACUGGCGGCCAUUUCUCUGAGGUUCCAGAGGACGGCUCCUUUGGACAUGGUUCUGGGCACGGAGCUCGAAACGGUGCCACCACAAGCUCGGCGUCCGUAUCGUCGGCUGCUCCUACCGCCGCACCCGUUGAGUUCCCGAGCCGAUGGGCAAGCGAAAGCGAGGCCGACAUGAACGACUGGUCAUCUGACCGCUACAGCAACGGCGACGACAUGGACUACAGCUACCACUACAGCUACCACUACAGCUACGAGUUCAGCCAAAGCGAGAGCGUUACUCCUACUACGACGACGAAGACCUGGUAG